UUGGGUUAUUAAGUAUUGUACGUAAGUACAGUAUUGUUUUCUGUGAUGGGAAUCUCUUUGCGUCGGCAUGAUUUGUCUGUACUCACUACUCACGAGUCAAUACUCAUACGCCUAUACUCGCAUGACUGCUCCCGUAUUUAAAAAUCCAGCUAACCAUUUAAUUCAAAUAUUUCGAUCGGCAUAUUUUCUGGCUUGUAGCUUAGUUCAUCAGGCAUGAAAUCUUGAGUUUUGCUUUCAUUGGCUUUUAGCAUUAAAAGAUUUUUAGUUCCAAUCGUCACUGCUGUACAGUUUAGAAAGUUUAGCAAAUUUACCACAGAAGUGAACUGUGCUGCUUAUGGAUGUGGAAAUUACAACUGGAUCCAAAAUAUGCUGGACUAUGUAUGACAUGUUACUGUUGAGGCACUGAACUGCCUAAGCAGUAAGCAGCUUCGAUUUAUUCAUGGGUUCGUUCUGGUUGAACUGCUGACGUUCUUGCAUUCGGUCUACAAUCAGCCAUGGAGAACUUGGCCGGUGUUAUAAAGUUUGCGUCUGACAAUCUCAGCGCCGAUGAGCAAGAAAAGCCCUACAUCCCAGUGUUCUGCGAUGUAUCCUUGAAAACACUGGCGGAAUUCAUGCUGGAUCGAUGGAAGAUGAAAGUGCCCGAUGUGAUGAUCAGCAUUGUAACGGGAGUCUUCCACCACAAACACUGGCCGGAUGAUUAUGUUAUCGCGUUCCAGAACGGAUUGACCAAGCUGAUGAAUACGUCGAAUGCGUGGAUUCUGACCCACGGAUUUCAUGCGGGGAUUGUGAAGCUGCUGGGAGAAGCAGUGCGCGAUGAGCAGGACAAACGGACGGUUUACAAGAGCAAAGCAUUCCGCCGCUACAACAAAAGGGUCUCGCAGAUCACUCUCAUCGGGAUUGUCACGGAUAGUCUAGUCAAUGAGCUGGAGGCCUUUCGCUCGGGUAGUGAAGGAGGAACAGGGCGUCGACGAGUGGAACUGGAGCUGGGUAUCGACAAACCCGCGCGCCAGAAGUACAACUUGGAUCAGUUCCACACCCACUUUAUUAUGGUCAACGGUUCGAAUAAGCACACGGUGACCACAUUUCGCACAGAUCUGGAAAGAGAGUUGCAGAGAUUUUCUAGUGUGAGGAAGAAUUUCGCCAGCGGGGAUAAGGAUAAUUCCUCCGACGACGAAGACAAUCACAGCGUUAUGCCUGCCCGCAACACGGAAAGCACGGCAUCGCGGAUGGGUGUUCCACUGGUGGCUUUAAUGAUCCAAGGCGGGCCCGAAAGUAUUCAUCACAUGUGGAAUUAUUUGAGGAAUCGCACGCCGGUUGUCGUUGUGAAGGGUUCCGGAUUAGCUGCUGAUUUAUUUGCCAAUCUUUACGAAGAGGUUGCAAACAGUUCCGAUCUGGAAAAGCAUUUGCAGAAGCUGACACCAGAAGUUUUGAAGCGUUUGGAAGUACUUUUUCCCAGGGGGAAACAAUGGGAACAAGACGAGAAAACGGAAUGUUGCAAUAAAAUGAUUGAUUGUAUGAGGAUGGCAUAUCAGGAUGAUCUUAGCUACGUUACCAUCCUGGAUUUAUCCCGUUCGUCGUCGGAUUUGGCGGACAUUGACUUGUACAUACUGCGAGCUAUUUUCUCUAGUCAGCAAGCACGAGAGAUGGACUGGAAAGAGCAGAUCAAGCAUGAUUUACUGUUAUGCCUGCAGUGGAAUCGGCCUGAUUUUGCUCGGGAUGAAAUAAUGCAGCGUCUUGUUAAAAUGAAAAUCGAUAAGGACGUAUUCCAGCUUUCGUUAUACUUGAAGAAUCGUGAAGAUUUUGUUGAUCUAAUCUUGCAUCAAGGUUUCAAAACGCACAAGUUUCUGUCACAUAAAGUGUUGAUUGAUCUGUUCCGGUAUGCCGAAGACACACAAUUCUUUUCCGUGAAUGUUCUGGAGAACCUUUUGGGCUAUCCGGCGGGCGCUAUGAUAGGGGAAAGGUUUUUAUUGGAAGAUCUGAACUGGAUUGUUGCCACAUUCACGCGAGUGGAAGGAUUUGUGAACUCGUACGAACUUUCCACCAACUCGUGUGGGAUUUACAGUACCGAGCCGAGUGUUGCAGAAAGAAAAGCUCUCAACGCUCUGAUUGUGUGGUCGAUUUUAAUGGGCCGGCAAGAGCUGACUCGAGUUUUUUGGAAAUAUGUCGAAGAUCCGAUUCCGAUGGCUAUCUUUGUGAGCGCCAUGUGGCAUGGCCUGGCCUCUUUUUGUCGGGAGCCUGAGCUGGAAAACCAAGUUCGUACGUGGGGACGUGAUUUUGGCGUCAUGGGCAUGGGUGUUUUGGGAAUGGCCUACAAGGAAUCUCUGGAUCGCACCUUUCAACUGCUGGAUCGAGAAUUUCCGGAUUUUGGUCGGCGUACUCCUGUUCAGCUGGCAUACGAUGCGCGGAAUAGGUGGUUUCUGGCCCAUCCAUGUUGUCAAAAAUGGAUUAAUCGACUCUACAUGGGCCACAUUCAGAUUGCUUCUCCUCAUCCUGGUUCUCCUCAAAUUCCCAAUUUCGUUAAAAUACUCCUGUCUGCUUUUUUGAUAUUUCCAAUGUUUUUUUGGAUCCACUUUCCGUCCAUUGACUCGGUUGAUGCGCAGAAGAAACGGAAGCAUUCCAGAACACAGGACCAUAAGAUCAGAAUUUCCUGGGAAGAAGAAAAUAGACUGCUUACUCUCUCUUCUUCUGGUAGCCAGCUAGAAGGAUUAGAGUCCGCGUCCAAUAUGGGCUCGAACACGGCUAUGGGCCGCAGCCAAGAUGACCGUCGCACGUGGUUGAUGACGUUACAAGAUGAUCAAGAGAGAGCAGUGAGAGGCGAAACACGACGCAAAUUCUUGAGGCGAUUGUUUUUUGGGAAUUUAACCGGCAGCUCCGACCAGUUUUCCCUCGUGGAACGCAUAUAUCUGCUGUGGACAGCGCCUAUAACCAAAUUUUGGACCUUUCAGUUUUUUUACUGGUUGUACCUGGGAUUAUUUAGCGUUGUGACUCUGAUGCCUGUUUGUUCACAUGAAGUUAAACGUCUUUUUGUCGCUCCUAAAAACCCGACCAACAUUUCACUGGAUCCAGAAUAUUUGGAGCGUGAGAUGGAAGACUCACCGACAGUGUCGUUUAUUGAUGUGGUGUUAUGGUGUUGGACGGCGCUGAUCACCGCGGAAACGUUCUAUCGCAAUUAUCGAUUAAUGAGCACCCGUCAUUUUUUCCAUUUUAUGACCAAAAUCAUGGAAAUGAUCUUCAUGGUCACGUUCCUGGUUGCUUACUUUACGGUGCGGGUCAUUGGACAGCAGCCCAAAUUGGUUACAGCAUUUGCUGCUCGUUUAUUGAUGUGCGUCGGUCUAAUAUAUUUUUCUUAUCGAUUGAUUGGGAUUUUCUUCCCGAUCUCGGAUACCCUUGGCCCAAUGUUAGUGCGGAUUAAAUUUAUGAUUGGGACGGAUUUUGUGGAUUAUAUGAAAUUAAUUGCACCUUUUCUAAUCGCAGGAGGAGUUACUUGUCAAGCGAUUCUUUUUCCGGAUAUGCCCUUAUCACGAGAAGUCUUUCGGAUAACUUUUCAUCGUGCUUUCUUUAGUCAGUUCAUGAUCCAACCGAUUUCUGAACUUGCUUUUACCGAAACUUGCGAAGCCAAAAGGUUAAACCGAAAUGAAGCGGCUUAUUGUCAUGCCGGUGAUUAUAAAGAUCCCGCGUGUGCUACGGUGGGAUUCUGGGGAUAUAUGACCGUCAUCCACUACAUGGUCAUCUUAAAACUGGUCUUGGCCACUCUUCUUUAUGCUCUUUUUACUGCUACACAGCUGCGGUAUGAAUCGGAGGCCGAUGCCAUAUGGAAAUUUGAACGCUACAGUGUCGUAAUGGAAUUUGCAACACGUCCAGCUGUAUCGCCACCCUUUAGCAUCCUGUACUACAUCUUCUACGCUGUUCGGAGACUGAUUCGGUUCAUAAGGCAGAAAUGUGUCAGAAGCGAUUCACCAAAGAGAAUGAAAUCCGUGCAAAUGAAAGCUCGAAGAGCCGUUCGCCAUGACGAUUUUCAUUACUGGAAGGGUCUGGUUAGAGAAUACUUCCGGGAGGAAGAGAGAAAUAAGCGGGAAGCCGCAGCACCACAACGGACACUUGAUAAGGUCGUGCAGAUUUACGAAGCGCUGCACGCACAUGCCGGUGAUCUUAAACAGAUGAAAGAGCGACUCGGCGAUUUAGAAGCAAUUGUUGGCAAAUUUCAAAAUGCCUCAUACAUCUCGCCGGGAAGUUCGGCUUGAUACUGUACCUUACCGGAUGCGAGAUUGACUUGAAGUAUACUUUUGUUUAUUGUUGUCUACUGAGAACGUUUUAAAACCGUUUUGGACCCAGUGAAGGGUUAUUUAUUUUUCUUUUGUAAUCAUGACAUUUGAUGGCUGUUUUAAUUGUGGCUGUUUUAUCAGUUAUCAUAUUUGUCAUUGAAUCUCAUAAUUUUCUUCGUUUUGAUAAACGUUGGAACCGUG